CAGCGGCGGAGCAGCGGGAGGAGCAGGGGAGGCCCGGCCCGGAUCCGCGCAGCUCCCGGGCUCCUCCCGCCGCUCUCAGGGCUCAGGACCGAACGCUGGAUCCGGAUUUCUCAGUGAAGGAUGCCCCGCGCGGAACGGCGAUGGGGUCCCGGCGGCUGACAGCGCGGGAGCUGUGCGAGAUCGAUGACCUGGCGACCAGCCUGGUGCUGGACUCCGUGCUGGGCUUCCGCACACACAAAAUGGGCGUCAGCCCCCUCCCCGCCCUGCGGCGGAAGCACCUCCUGAGGGCAGCGGUUGAAGGCUUCCGGAGGCGGCGGGACCUAGAAGCGGCGUGGCGGGCGCUGAGCGGGGCCUGGGCCGCGGCCUUCUUCCAACGGCGGCGCCCGUUGCAACGCGCCGCGCUUAAGAGUCACGUUUUCCACUACCUGCGCAUCUUCCUUCCUGAGAGCGGCUUCGCCAUCCAGCCCUGCAGCCGCUACUCACAGGAGACCAACGGAGCCCGCGUGGUCUCCACUCGCACCUGGCAGAAGAACGACACGCUGGAGCUGCUGGUGGGCUGCAUUGCUGAGCUGCGGGCGCACGACGAGGCGCUGCUGCGCUCGGGGGAGAACGACUUCAGUAUCAUGUACUCCACGCGCAAGCAGUGUGCCCAGCUCUGGCUGGGCCCUGCUGCCUUCAUCAACCACGACUGCCGGCCCAACUGCAAGUUUGUGCCUGCAGAAGGGAACGUGGCACGGGUGCAGGUGCUGCGGGACAUCGCGCCGCAGGACGAGAUCACCUGCUUCUAUGGGGACAGCUUCUUUGGGGACAACAACGAGCGCUGCGAGUGCUGCACCUGCGAGAGGAAGGGUGAAGGCGCCUUCCGGAAGCGCAUUGGUGGGGCUCAACCGGUGCCCCCCCUGAUCCCC